CAUCCGAGCCUUCCUCUCCUCCUCUGUCAAACCGGACCAGAACCAGCGCGUGAGGAUGUUCGGGUUCCGGCUCAACAAGUCCCGGCUCCUCUUCCUCCUCCUCCUCCUCCUCUCUCUCCUCUCCCUCGCGCUGUGACCACGCGCGGCGGCACGAUGGAGAUCGCCUUGGUGAGCUUUGAAAACGGCGGUGCCAAUGAGACCCGCCGGAACGCGCUGGACGUCCCCCAGACCGGGUUCGGGCAGUCCGGACCCAAAGAGGAGUUCGGGAAGGAGCUGAACACCCGCGGCGGUCCUCCUCAGCCCCGGAGCCCCUGGAGGAUCAACGACAUGAACACUCUGAGCUGCAGCGAGAACGCCAUGGAUGCGCUUUUACGCGCGGACCACAGUCCGCACCUGUUCGACGAGGACCUGCUGGACCUGGACCUGGACUCGGACAGUACCGAGCGGGUCCUCAUCAACAUAGCCGGACUGCGCUACGAAACCCAGCUGGGCACCCUGAACCAGUUCCCGGACACCCUGCUGGGAGACCCCGCCAAGAGGAUCAAGUACUUCGACCCGCUCCGGAACGAGUACUUCUUCGACCGGAACCGGCCCAGCUUCGACGGGAUCCUGUACUUCUACCAGUCCGGCGGGAAGAUCCGCAGACCCGUCAACGUGUCCAUCGACGUGUUCGCGGACGAGAUCCGGUUCUACCAGCUGGGGGAGGAGGCCAUGGAGCGGUUCCGAGAGGACGAGGGCUUCAUCAAGGAGGAGGAGAAGCCGCUGCCCCAGAACGAGUUCCAGAAGCAGGUCUGGCUCAUCUUCGAGUACCCCGAGAGUUCGAGUCCGGCCCGGGGCAUCGCCAUCGUGUCUGUGAUCGUCAUCACCAUCUCCAUCAUCACCUUCUGCCUCGAGACGCUGCCAGAGUUCCGGGACGAGCGCGAGCUGCCCGCGAGCAGCCGGAGCGACAACGGAACCGAGGCCCGGACCUCGCUGACCUUCACGGACCCGUUCUUCAUCAUCGAGACCACCUGCGUCAUCUGGUUCACCUUCGAGCUGCUGGUCCGGUUCUUCGCCUGCCCCAGCAAGUCGGAGUUCUCCAAGACCAUCAUGAACAUCAUCGACAUCAUGUCCAUCAUGCCCUACUUCAUCACGGUCGGAACCGAGCUGGCCGAACAGGGUCAGGAGCACCAGAACGGCCAGCAGGCCAUGAGCCUGGCCAUCCUGCGGGUCAUCCGCCUGGUCCGGGUCUUCAGGAUCUUCAAGCUGUCCCGCCACUCCAAGGGUCUGCAGAUCCUGGGUCAGACCCUGAAGGCCAGCAUGAGGGAGCUGGGGCUGCUCAUCUUCUUCCUCUUCAUCGGAGUCAUCCUCUUCUCCAGCGCCGUCUACUUCGCAGAGGCGGACGAACCCGAGUCCCACUUCUCCAGCAUCCCGGACGCGUUCUGGUGGGCCGUGGUUACCAUGACGACCGUGGGCUACGGGGACAUGAGGCCGGUCACGGUCGGCGGGAAGAUCGUGGGCUCGCUGUGCGCCAUCGCGGGGGUCCUGACCAUCGCGCUUCCGGUUCCGGUCAUCGUGUCCAACUUCAACUACUUCUACCACCGCGAGACGGACCAGGACCAGUCCUCGCUCAAGGAGGAGCCCAGCGGCGGUCCGGAGAGUCCCGAACCGAGGCGCCGGGCCAGCAGGUCGUCCGCGGAGAACCCGGAGGGUCCGGGUUCGGCGGAGAAGACCAACAUCAAAGCGAACAGCAGCGGCGACUUCAAACGCUCCCUGUACGCCUUCUGCCUGGACACGCGCGAGACCGACCUGUAGGUCCACGGACCGGAACCGCUCAGAGUUCUGACCCAGCACG